AUGAACCGAUUCUUAUUAUCGACCGCCCCCACCUCGGAAAUCCAAGACUCCGAAAUCAUAGUUAGAAAUUUUGAGAAGCAAGGAAAUAGCUACCCGAGAGAGUCAAUUGAAUGGCCGGUAGAGCAUGCCGUGACAAGUGUCAAAGAAACCUUCACAUGGCCUGCAGGAGUAAAGUGCGACAUGAACAUCCCAAAGUGGGAGAUUGCACUGGCAAACGCGAAUCUAACAUCAACCUACAAAGACGUACUAGAAGGAUUUGUAGAGGGUUUCCACCAAGGGAUCCCAGACUACAAUCUAGGACCGGAAAUCCCUUUUUAUGCCCCUCCUAACCACAGCUCCGCACUCCAAGCCCAACCAAAAAUAGAAGAGUCAAUCCAAAAAGAGAUCACGGCAGGAAGGAUGUUUGGACCCUACUCAUUUGAACAAGUACAUAAGAAAUUUGGGUUCUUCCAAACAAAUCCACUGGGAGCCGUAGUAAACAGAGACGGCUCCCUGCAAGCCAUCAACGACUUAUCUUUUCCCCACCGCAAGACCGGAAUCCCAUCUGUUAACUCAUUCGUCAACAAAGAAGAUUUCGACACCACUUGGGAUGAUUUCAAGGCAGUAGCAAAGUUCCUGAGGAACCAAAAGAAGACAGCGCUCCUAGCCAUUUUUGACUGGGAAAAAGCGUACCGCCAAAUCCCGACGGCUCCAAGCCAAUGGCCGUAUCUGAUGCUAUGGAAUUUCAACGACCAAAUAGUCGUCGACACAAGGAUUGCCUUUGGAGGAGUCGCAGGCUGCGGAUCCUUUGGCAGACCGGCUGAUGCAUGGAAAGAAAUCAUGCUUGCAGAGUUCGACCUCAUCACAAUCUUCAGAUGGGUCGAUGAUAAUUUAUUUGUUAAAGAGUUAGCAUCAACAGUUGAAAUGGAUGAGAUAGUAGCCCGGUCGGACGAACUAGGGGUAAAAACAAACCCGACGAAAAUUUCACCAUUCAGGUUAGAACAGAAGUACAUAGGAUUUAUAUGGAAUGCAGCGGAGAAAACGGUUCGGCUACCAGAAGAGAAGACACAAGCAAGAAUCAAACAGAUACAAGAAAUCCUAGUACACGGGAAAGAAUUCACGUACAAACAAAUAGAAAUUAUGACCGGGCGCCUGAACCACGUAUCCUACAUGCUCCCUCAACUCCGAUGCUAUCUGUGCAGCCUGUACCGGAUGAUGAAUAAUUGGGUCUUCUGUCAUGUCCCCCGACCAUUACCGCUAGACGCCAGGCAAGACAUGCUUUACUGGCUGAAGACCCUAUUAGCCUUUGAUCGGACAAGGCUGAUUGCAAACCCAGAACCAACGGAAAUUGGGUGCGUGGGGGACGCGUCAACCAACUACGGGAUAGGAGUCUUAAUUGGUAAAUGCUGGGCCCAAUUCAAGGUGAGACCCGGCUGGAACAAAGGAGAUCUACCGCAACAAGGCAUAGCCUGGAUGGAAACUGCGGCGAUACAAAUCGGCCUACUGAUGAUGAAGGAAUUAGACAUACGGAAAGGAAAGACAAUCAUUGUUUGGACCGACAACACCACAUCUGAAGAUGCGGUGAAAAGCAGGAAGUCAAAAGACCUCCACGUAAACAAGGAGUGGAAGCGAAUACAAGACAUACUCCUAAGGAUGCAGAUUGAUCUUGCCGCAAAGAGAGUAACUUCGAAGGAAAAUAGGGCCGACGCCCUGUCAAGAGGAGAUAGGAAGGGUCACCUACUCAAGAACCAGGUGGUGAUAGACCUUCCUCAAGACUUGGAAGCACUGAUGUUUCAGGCUAGCAGUUUAGACUGA